GGAAACAGUCGGGGGCUCUGCAUGUAGGUUGAGAGAGCUGUGUGGGUCCCGAGAUAUUAGAGAGGCCAGAUGGGCGAGGUAGUAUCUUGUAUUGGACCAACAGAAGUUGGUCCAAUAAAAGGUAUUGAUUCACCUACGUUGUGAAAUAGGGGGUUGAUGUAAUUAUGAGCCAAAGGGGCAUGUUACUGAAAUAGGAUAACCAUCUUUACACAACUAAUAUGAGUGGAUGAUGGAUUUUUUUACUGCUUGUGAUAAAGUUAUAAUCCAUUGCACCAGGCUGGACCUGCUGAUCUAGUUUUCCUGCUGCAGUAUGAAUUUGAAGUGACCUUUUUCAUGGUGACUAGUUUUGUUAAAUCAACAAGUAUGGAGGUAUAAAAUGUAAUGUCAAGGUCACUUUAAGGCACACAGCUUUAUGGAUGAAUUAAUUUGCUACUGAAACCUGAAAGACUUGACUUAGUCUGAAAAGAACAGUGCAGAGUUUCUUUAUAAAUAAAUGUAUACAUAUGGAAAAUAUAUUGUGAUGCUUAAAAAUUUUUUACAAAGUAAGAUGAAUAGUACUUGUGUGGGAGGAAAAAUAUUUUAGAGAAUACGCUUUUUUCAUAGUGUCUGUGGGUGCUGUUGAGAAGACUGAUAUCUUAUGCUAGAUUUGUAGAACUGCUUGCUGUAUGUUCUAUGGGUUUUGAAACUAGCAUAGUAUUUUGCAAUGCUAAUAUGUAAAACUACACAAUCAAGAAAAUUGAAACAUUUAUGACAACCCAUAUUUCCUAGACCCAAGUGACUAAUGUGUAGCAAUUAAGAUUACGUAACAAAACACACAUUUGAAAAUUAAGUGGGGGAUAUGUUGUGGCCCUUCUGCACUGAGUCACUUUAGUUCGGUGGUUACUUUAACUAGCUCAGUCAGGGAUCCAUGUGCUCAUGGAUCAGUUCUCCACAAGGCACUGUAGUAAAAGUAGUUAGAUCACUUGUUAUAAUAGGAUUUCAAAUUUGCUGUCCAAGCCCUUUGGUUAAAAAGCUUCCUAUAAAUCAUGCAGUGUUGUAUAGGGUGUAGGAUAUGUGCCUUAAAGUGGGACUUUAAUUCUCUUUAGAUUUUUGAGGUGAAAAUAAAACUGUAAACCCUGGCGUUUACGGAAGGAGAAGAUGAAGGACAUCGACCUAGGAAAAGAGUACGUUAUACCCAGUCCUGGGUAUAGAAAUGUAAGGGAGAGAGCCGGCUCGGAGCGAUGCCAAGAGCAGGAAGGGCUGAAAUUCCAGCAAGCUAAAUAUAAGGUGGAAUGUCAAGAUGCCUUGGAGACAGCAGCAAGGGCAGAAGGCCUUCCGCUGGACAGCUCCAUGCAUUCCCACCUGAGAAUGUUGGACGAGGAGCAUCACAAGGGCAAAUAUCACCAUGGCUUGAGCUUGCUAAAACCCAUACGGACUACUUCCAAACACCAGCAUCCAGUAGACAAUGCUGGACUUUUCUCCUGCAUGACUUUUUCAUGGCUCACUCCUCUGGCUCGUACAGCAUACAAGAAAGGAGAGCUUUUUAUGGAUGAUGUGUGGUCUUUGUCAAAGCAUGAGUCUUCAGAUGUUAACUGUAGAAGGUUAGAGAGGUUAUGGCAGGAAGAACUGAAAGAAACAGGACCCGAAGAUGCUUCUCUCCGGAAGGUUGUAUGGAUCUUCUGCCGCACCAGGCUCAUAAUUUCCAUAGUGUGUCUGAUGAUCACUCAGCUUGCAGGCUUCAGUGGACCAGCGUUUGUUGUGAAACAUCUCUUGGAAUACACACAGCGAAGUGAGUCCAACCUGCAGUACAGCUUGCUGUUAAUUUUUGGCAUCUUAAUGACAGAAAUAGUGCGCUCCUGGUCCUUGGCUCUUACCUGGGCUUUAAACUAUCGCACUGGGGUCAGACUGCGGGGGGCUAUUCUGACAAUGGCGUUCAAGAAAAUUCUCAAGCUGAAGAAUAUCAAGGAGAAGUCUCUGGGGGAGCUCAUAAACAUCUGUUCCACUGAUGGGCACAGAAUGUUUGAGGCUGCCGCAGUUGGCAGUUUGCUGGCUGGGGGCCCAAUCAUUGCCAUCUUAGGCAUGGUUUAUAAUGUCAUUAUUCUAGGACCAACAGCCUUCUUGGGAUCUGCUGUCUUUAUCCUCUUCUACCCAGCAAUGAUGUUUGUAUCACGGCUCACAGCUUAUUUCAGAAGAAAAUGUGUGUCGGUGACUGAUGAGCGUGUGCAGAAGAUGAAUGAAGUUCUUAACUAUAUUAAAUUCAUUAAAAUGUAUGCCUGGGUCAAAGCAUUCUCUCAGAAUGUUCAAAAAAUCCGAGAGGAAGAACGUAAAAUCUUAGAGCGUGCAGGCUACUUCCAGAGUAUCACGGUGGGAGUGGCUCCCAUUGUUGUGGUUAUUGCCAGUGUGGUGACAUUCUCUGUCCAUAUGAUCCUUGGUUAUGAUCUCACAGCAGCUCAGGCUUUCACAGUGGUCACAGUCUUCAAUUCAAUGACUUUUGCUCUCAAAGUAACACCUUUUUCUGUGAAGUCUCUAUCAGAGGCGUCGGUGUCUGCUGACCGAUUUAAGAGUUUGUUUCUAAUGGAAGAGGUUCAUAUGGUAAAGAAAAAACCAUCCAGUCCUCACAUCGCGAUAGAGGUGAAAAAUGCUACCUUGGCUUGGGACUUCUCCCACGCCAGUGUCCAGAGCUCACCAAAGCUGACCCCUAAAAUGAAAAGAGACAAGAAGGUCACCAAGGGCAAGAAAGAGAAAAUGAAGCUACAACAUGAGGGACCACAAGCAAUGCUGGCUGAGCAGAAGGGACAUCUUCUGGUGGACAGUGAUGACCAUCCUAGCCCUGAGGAAGAGAACAAGAAUAUCCAUCUGGUUAACUUUCGGCUUCAGAGAACCCUGUACAAUAUCGACCUGGAGAUUGAAAAGGGGAAACUUGUUGGGAUUUGCGGCAGUGUGGGGAGUGGAAAAACCUCCAUUAUAUCAGCCAUUUUAGGACACAUGACCCUGCUGGAGGGUAGCAUUGCAGUGAAUGGGACUUUUGCUUACGUACCCCAGCAGGCCUGGAUUCUCAAUGCUACACUGAGAGACAACAUCCUUUUUGGGAAGGACUUUGAUGAAGAAAGAUACAACACUGUGCUGAAUGGCUGCUGUUUGAGACCAGACCUAGCCAUCCUACCUAACGGGGAUCUGACUGAGAUUGGUGAAAGAGGGGCUAACCUGAGUGGAGGCCAGCGGCAGAGGAUCAGUCUUGCUCGAGCCCUGUACAGUGACAAGAAUAUUUAUAUCCUCGAUGAUCCUCUUAGUGCCUUAGAUGCACAUGUGGGAAACCACAUUUUUAACAGUGCAAUAAGGAAGCAUCUGAAGUCAAAAACGGUCCUGUUCAUCACUCAUCAGCUUCAGUACCUUGUUGAUUGUGAUGAAGUAAUCUUCAUGAAAGAAGGCUGUAUCACCGAAAGAGGAAGCCAUGAGGAACUGAUGAACUUAAAUGGAGACUAUGCAGCCAUUUUUAAUAGCCUGCAGCUGGGAGAACCACCACAUAUUGAGAAUAAUCUAAAGAAGAACACGAGCAGUUCAUUAAAGAGACCCCAGGAUAAAAGCACCAAAGCAGGGUCUGUGAAGAAGGAGAAAGUGGUGAAAAAGGAGGAAGGUCAGCUGAUACAGUUGGAAGAGAAGGGCAAAGGCUCUGUCCCAUGGUCUGUGUAUGGUAUUUAUAUCCAGGCAGCUGGAGGCCCCUUUGCGUUCCUGAUCAUCCUGGCUCUCUUUGUGCUGAAUGUGGGCAGCACAGCGUUCAGCAACUGGUGGCUGAGCUACUGGAUCAAGCAAGGCAGUGGGAACACCACCGUGACGUUGGGAAAUGAAACUGUUGUGAGCAACAGUAUGAAAGACAACCCUCACAUGCGCUACUAUGCUGGCAUCUAUGCGCUCUCUAUGGCAGUCAUGUUGAUACUGAAAGCUGUUCGUGGGAUUGUCUUUGUCAAGGUACGCACCAAGGCCAAUUGUCUUUUCCCUCUGUUUCUNCGCAGCCCCAUGAAAUUCUUUGACACGACACCCACUGGGCGGAUUCUCAAUAGGUUCUCCAGAGAUAUGGAUGAAGUCGAUGUGCGUUUGCCUUUUCAAGCGGAAAUGUUCAUUCAGAAUGUCAUCCUGGUAUUCUUCUGUGCUGGGGUGAUCGCUGGGGUCUUUCCAUGGUUUCUGGUGGCAGUGGGACCCCUCCUCAUCCUCUUCACAAUCUUGCACAUUGUGUCUAGAGUCUUCAUUCGUGAGCUGAAGCGCUUGGACAACAUCACACAGUCUCCGUUCCUGUCUCACAUUACGUCUAGCAUACAGGGUCUCUCUACAAUCCACGCAUACAACAGAGGGCAGGAAUUCCUGCACAGAUAUCAAGAACUGCUGGAUGACAAUCAAGCACCAUUUUACUUGUUCAGCUGUGCAAUGCGCUGGCUGGCCAUACGGCUGGAUGUGAUCAGCAUUGCCCUCAUCACCACCACCGGCCUUAUGAUUGUCUUAAUGCAUGGCCAGAUUCCUCCCGCAUACGCUGGGCUUGCCAUCUCCUACGCUGUCCAGUUAACAGGGUUAUUCCAGUUUACAGUCAGACUGGCCUCAGAAACAGAGGCUCGCUUCACCUCAGUGGAGAGGAUUAAUCACUACAUCAAGACCCUUUCUCUGGAGGCUCCAGCUCGAAUUAAGAAUAAAGCUCCCCCUGUGGACUGGCCCCAAGAAGGUGAAGUUGUCUUUGAAAACGCAGAGAUGCGGUACAGAGAGAACCUCCCGCUGGUGCUAAAGAGAGUGUCCUUUACGAUCAAACCCAAGGAGAAGAUUGGCAUCGUGGGACGGACAGGGUCAGGGAAGUCCUCACUUGGAAUGGCGCUGUUUCGUCUCGUUGAACUGUCUGGAGGCUGCAUUAAAAUUGAUGGUGUGAAAAUCAGUGACAUUGGUUUAGCUGAUCUCCGCAGCAAACUCUCAAUAAUCCCUCAGGAGCCUGUGUUGUUCAGUGGAACUGUGAGAUCAAACUUGGAUCCUUUCAACCAGUACAGCGAGGAGCAAAUCUGGGAUGCCUUGGAAAGGACUCACAUGAAGGAGUGUGUUGUUCAGCUGCCCAUGAAACUGGAAGCAGAAGUGAUGGAAAAUGGGGAGAAUUUCUCUGUGGGGGAGAGACAGCUACUGUGCAUAGCCAGAGUCUUGCUGCGUCGCUGCAAGAUUUUGAUACUGGAUGAAGCAACAGCUGCUAUGGACACAGAGACAGAUAUACUAAUUCAGGAGACUAUCGGGAAGGCUUUUGCAGACUGCACUAUGGUGACAAUUGCUCACCGUCUGCACACUGUGCUGGGCUCCGAUCGGAUCAUGGUGCUAACACAAGGACAGGUAGUGGAAUUCGACACUCCGUCUGCCCUUCUGGCUAAUGAGAACUCGCGCUUCUAUGCCAUGUUCGCUGCUGCAGAUAACAAGGUUGCUGUCAAGGGCUAAAAUUCAGGAUCAAGUCACUUUAAUUUGGAGGGUUCCACUCUCUGCCUGUGGCAGGCCAACUCCUCCGCCUCUUCCUCAUUCUCAAAGCAGAUUAUUGCCUUUCCAUCUUUUUAAUUUUUAGCACAAUGUGUCAAGCUGGAGACUUUUUAAACCCCUGUAAGAAUUCUUCCUGUUUUUAUUGUAUUUAUUCCAUAUUCAUAUUACUAAAUUUUUUUUGUUACUAAAUGCACUCUACAAGUGGCUCAGGGAGCCAUAGUUAUAAAUGUAUCAGAGGCCUAUAAUGAAGCUUUAUACAUGUAGCUAUAUCUAUACAUAAUUCUGUACAUAGCCUAUAUUUACAGUGGAAAUGUAAGCUGUUUAUUUUAUAUUAAAAUGAGCACUGUAUUAAUAACAGUGCAUAUUCUUUUCUAUCAUUUUUGUACAGUUUACGGUACUAGAGAGCUGGCUUUGUUAUCAGACUGUAUCAGACGCCAUUUUGUCUCUUACGGUUGGUCUUUUCGUAGUGCCGGAUUUUCUGCGUGUCUGAAUGGAAGUGAAGCUUUGCAGUAAUGUCCUUCAGCGUCCCAUCAUUGUCGUCCUGCACAGGGGGGAAGGACUUUGUGGUGUAACUCUAGUGCAUCGUAGCUGUUGUCAAAGCUGUUUGGAGCAUCACUAAUGUUCACGGUGGCAGCUGCUGCUGCUUCUCAUGAUGCUUUCCCAGGGUAGCUUUUUACAGGCUCCUGAGUGGUUUGAGGAGAAGACCGCUCUGGGUCACAUGAAUGUUGCAUGGUCACUCUGUCCUGGUGCAAUCGUGGGAAUGCAGCAGCUCUUUCUUGUG